CAAUAAAUACAUUUUUUUUUAAGUAGAAGUAAAUUUUUAACAACAUUUAAAAAAAAAGCACCGACUAGAAAAAAACCCCAAUACAUUUUGUUAUUGUUUUAGAUUUAAAAAGAAAUCAGACAGAAUAAAUUAAAGAAAUAAACAAACAAAUAAAAUAAGAAAAGUGUUUUAAUCAAUACAGUAGCAAAAAAAAUGUUAAAAGUUUACUCAGGGAUGGCUUUAAAGAGGCUACAAGUGUUAACGAUUGUACUUAUUGUUUGGCUAAAAUUAACAUAUGGAAUCAUAGAUGACGACGAAUACAACAGUAUCUACAAUUUGCAAUUGCAGACAGAGCAGAAACAUGAAGUGGGACGAUUUCCAUUUCUAAUGCCAAAUGUUAGGCCAAAAACUCCUGAAUUAUAUCUUUGUACACCGAUAAAGGUGGAUUCCACAAAAAGUUAUUACAUUGUCGGUUAUGAACCCAAUGCUACAAUGAAUACUGCUCAUCACAUGCUUUUAUAUGGUUGCGGUGAACCUGGAUCAAGGAAAACUGUGUGGGAUUGUGGUGAAAUGGCUAAAACGACUAAUGAAGAAAAACCCAGUCCUUGUGGUUUACAGUCACAUUCUCAAAUUCUCUAUGCCUGGGCUAGAGAUGCACCCAAAUUAGAAUUACCCGAAGGUGUGGGCUUCAAAGUUGGCAACGAUUCGCCCAUUAAAUACAUUGUUUUGCAAGUUCAUUAUGCCAGCAUUAAAAAGUUUCAGGAUGGCAGCACCGAUGAUUCGGGUGUUUUUAUCAGAUAUACCGAAAAACCCUUGGAUAAAUUAGCUGGCGUUUUGUUAAUGGGCACCGCUGGUGUCAUACCACCCAUGUCAAUUGAACAUAUGGACACUUCUUGUGAAAUAAAUGAAAAUAAAACCAUACACCCCAUUGCAUAUCGUACCCAUACCCACAGUCUGGGUAAAGUUGUUUCCGGCUAUAGAGUUCGACCCGAUGACCAUGGCAUGCAUCAGUGGACUUUACUGGGGAAACGUGAUCCGUUGACACCACAAAUGUUUUAUCCCGUGGAAAAUUCAGAGGCCAUUGUUAAGGGUGACAUCAUAGCGGCUCGGUGUACAAUGGAAAGUCAUCGUAAACGUGUUACGGAAACAGGAGCCACAAACAAAGAUGAAAUGUGUAAUUUCUACUUGAUGUACUACGUGGAAAACGAUGAACCUUUAAAAAUGAAAUACUGCUUUAGCCAAGGACCACCCAUGUUUUACUGGAGCAAUCCCGAUGUCGGUCUCAACAAUAUACCACAUAUCGAAGCGAGCACUUUGUAAAAAUGUUCAAACAAGUGACAAAACAAAA